AUGGCUCAUAAUGAACAGGAUGAUGAUGUUGGUGGUAAUAUGCAACAUUUAAUAGCAGCUAAAGCUGAAGAAUUAUUUAAUCUAUGUGAUACGGAACAAAAAGGAUUUAUUAUAAAAAAAGAUAUGCAACGUUUAAGAGAAGAGCUUGGUGUUGAACCUGAACAACUUGAAGAUGUUUUUGAUUCAUUAGAUAAUGAUCAUAAUGGUUAUCUUACUUUAGAAGAAUUUACAUCUGGUUUUGGUAUGUUUCUUGGUGAUCAAAUGGGUGGUGGACAUGUAGAUGAUCAUGAAAUGAUUGGACAUGAUCCAAAUCAUGGAGAAGAACAACAAUUAUUUCAUGAUACAUUAGAAUCAUUAGGUGCAAAAGAUUUAUAUGAUGAUGAAGAAACAAUAAUGGGUUUAUGGAUGAAAUUACGUGAAAAUGAUCCAACUUUAUUAAGACAAUUCGAACAAUUUAUUGGUAAAAUAACUGAAGAAAUUCGUCGUUCAAAAUUAGAUCAUAGAAGUAUUGAAGCAGCUUUACAAAGUAAAUCAUCGGUACAUGAAUCUGAAAUAAAAAAAUUAUAUGAUGAAAUGGAACAACAAAUAAAAGCUGAAAAAUCGAAAGUUCUUGCACAAGAAAAAUUAAAAGAACGUGAGCUUCGAGAGCAAAUGGAACGUGAAUUACAUAUAAAAGAACAACACUUGUUAGAAGUAACAAAAAAACAAAGUGAUUUAGAAUUGAAAUUACUUAAAGUUAAUUUAAAUGAAAACGAAACAAAAAGUGAAAAUGAUCGUUUACAAAAAGAAAAAAAUCUACUUGAAGAACAAUUACAAGAAAUUACAAGAAGUCUGGAAGAAUCGAAAAAUUACAUAUCACAAUUACAAAUUCAAACAAAAAAAGAAAAACGAGAUAGAGCAAAACAAGCUUUAACUUUAACAGAAAGUAUUGCUCUUGAACGGGAAAAUCUUGUUAAACAACUUGAUUCACUUAAGACUAUUAAUAAACGAUUAGUUGAUGAGCAUGAUCUUCAUCUUGGCUCUAAAAAACAAGACCAGCCUGCAUCUCCAUCUCAUGCAUCGAAAAGACCAAUGCGAAAACAAGGUUCUAUUCUCUCCGAUUAUUUCAAUCCACCAAAUCUUGAACCAGAAGAAGAUGAUGAUGGAAUACCUUCAGCACAUAAUAAUGAAAAUGAUAUUGAUACAUCACGACAUAGAAAACGUCGUUCCAGAGCUCAUGAAUUAGGUACACGUGAACAACCCGUUGGUGCUAAUUCCGUUUUUCAACAUACAGAAUUAAUGACUGUUGCACACAAUGCAGUACCUGAUCGAAUGUUUAAAGUUGCAUUUAUUGGCGAUAGUGGUGUAGGAAAAACAAGUUUUAUUCAACGAUUUUGUACUGAUAGUUUUAAAGAUUCAUUUGCAGCAACAAUUGGUGUUGAUCUUCAAGUGAAAAUGCUUAAUAUUGAUAAUCGUGUUAUUGCAUUACAACUAUGGGAUACAGCUGGUCAAGAAAGAUUUCGAAGUAUAACAAAACAAUAUUUUCGUAAAUCUGAUGGUGUUAUUCUUGUUUAUGAUGUAACAUCGGAAACAACAUUUCGAAAUGUUCGAGCUUGGAUGACAAGUGUUCGAGAAUCAGCAGAAGAUGAUUGUAUUGUUGCACUUGUUGGAAAUAAAACAGAUUUAUGUGGUGAUGAUGAUAAACGACCAGUAAAAUAUAAAGAUGGAGCAAAAUUAGCUGAUGAAUAUGGAUGUUUAUUUUUUGAAAGUAGUGCACGAUUAGGUUCAUCAAUUGUUGAGAUAAUGGAAACAAUUGCUCGAUUAAUGCAAGAGAAAGAUGAUAAACAACGUAAAGGUGAAAAUAUAGUUGAUAUAUCAUCAAAGAAGAAAAAAUUUGGUUGCUGCUAG